AUGGGCUGCUACUUCAAUGGCUUUUCUUCUGUUUUUUCCCGUUCUUUUCUGUUCCAGCUGAUUUGGGCUGAGAAGAAGCAGCUCAACAAGGGGACAGAUGUGGUGGAGAAAAGGGGUCCAUACAUCAUGAGCAAACCUCCUUCCAUUCAGGCCAAGCUGAAGAGGCAGCGGGAGCUGGCCAAGGCAGCGCUGCGAAGGCAGGGGCUGCUGGGGGGACGCACCGYCCUGAAACCAACUCCUAAAAGGUCGGUGAAGUUUAACAAGGGCUACACGGCGCUCAGCCAGACUGCUGAUGAAAACCUGGUCUCCCUUGACUCAGACAGUGACGGGGAGCUGGGAUCCAGGUGUUCCUCAGGAUACUCCUCCGCYGAGCAGGUGAACCAGGACCUGAGCCGGCAGCUGCUGCAGGACGGGUAUCACCUCGACGAGGUCCCUGAUGACGAAGACCUGGAUCUCAUCCCCCCAAAACCCGUCACCUCAUCUUCCUGCCCCUGUUGUUUUGGAGAAAAUCUCUCCUGUGUGAUCCAGUAGCUGCACAAGAACAGGUCAAAAAUCCAGCACUUUCUCUGUUCCGUGGGAUGGCUGUUGGGUGUCCCACGCCAGAACGGUGACACAAGGACUGAAUGAUGCUGCUCGUGGCAGAGACCAACUGACCCCAAAGGACUUUUCCUUACACUCAGCAAUAUCAGGGAGAGGUGGCACAGAGAUGUUUUGGUGACUUGGAUGGGACCUGGCCUGUGGCUGGGGUGGGGAAGGWGGAGAGGCAGAGUCCAGCACCUCCAUAGGGGUACAAAGGGAAAGAUUUGGGAGUAUCUGGGGUUGGAGCUAGGCUUGCUCCCAUUCUCCUCAAUGCUGCUUUGAUGCAGGUGAGGCACAGCCCAGACCCCCCGUAACCAGCUCCACACAGGGCUUGAUUUGGGGGGCUGGGGAGCCUCCUUCCUGCAAACCAUAAACGCUGCCUUAAACCACGGUCCUGCUCCAUGACACAGAGGACAAUCAGCUUCUUUACAGAAACCUUAUUUAAAUAUUUCAUGUCGAGAGACAUGAAUGGGUUGGGCUGGGGGGGAGGGGGCAC